AUGAAUCUUGAAACUACUAAUGAAGGAGGAAUAUUUAUCGCAAAUUCAAACGGCUGGGAUGAUAAUUCCAAACAAUUUAUGCUUAAGAUAUAGAAAGAGAUGAAAGAAGAUGAGAAAGUCUUUAUUUCAUAAUUAAUGCGAUACCAAAGAAAUUAUGAAAAUGGAAAUGAUUAACAUUAAGUUCCCACUAAUAUACUAAAAUUGUAUGAUUAUUUCUAGUGGCAAUCAAGCCAUUGCAUCGUAAUGGAAGUUGGUUAAGAAAGUUUACUUGAAUACAUAGAUUUGAGCAACGCAGAUUCCAAAAAGAACUAGAAAGCAUUUUGA